UUCAUUCAUUCACUUUAAGCAAUAAAAUCUUUUGUAAGUUAAACUAAACACACCAAUGGCACCUUCUUAUUGUGUGAAUGAGAACAAAGAGUGUGUGAAAUGGGUUGAGACAUACUUCAAAGACUGUCUUUGCAAUUUGAGAGAUGAUAUAUCAUUCAGUUUGGGACUCAUGAGUUUAGUGUCAUGGGGAGUUGCUGAAAUUCCUCAGAUAAUCACUAUUUUUCGUACCAAGUCUAGUCAUGGAGUUUCACUUGCCUUUCUCCUCACUUGGGUUGCUGGAGACAUAUGCAACUUGGUGGGUUGCCUCCUGGAACCAGCAACGUUGCCUACACAGUUUUACACAGCCCUGCUUUAUGCAAGCACUACAGUCAUAUUACUGCUGCAAAUCGCAUACUAUGACCACAUUCUCAUAUGGUACAAACGUCGCCAGCAUGUUAACAACAAAUGGGCUAUUGAAGAAGAGAAAAGACCCUUGAAACCAAAACCAAGUCAAGAACAUUCUGCGAUUGCAAUACCCAAUGACACACACAAAUCAGCAUCUCCAAGGGAGUAUUACUAUAUGUCAGCAAGAUCGUUGGCCGGGAGCGCGACUCCACCAUCGCUUACUUACAUAAGAGCUGCUAAAAGUGAUCCUCCAGCCAUGGAAUUCAUUCACGACUCUUCUGAUGAUGAAGCAUCUUCUAACAUCUCUACAACUCAGCCUAGGCCCAUACUACCACGUUCUGUAGAUGGUCGUUUUGGAACAUUUCUAGCUACAGCCAUUAAUUUACCCUUGAAGGGUAAUGCUAUGACUAUGAGAUAUGGAUACAUAGGAUUUACAGGAAUAAAGCUCUUCCAGGAAAAUGAAAAUGAGAUACAUAGUAAAUAUGGACAAUAUUUGGGAUGGGUCAUGGCUGCUAUCUAUACAUGUAGUCGUAUUCCUCAAAUUUGGUUGAAUAUUAAAAGAGGUAGUGUGGAGGGCUUAAAUCCUUUCAUGUUCGUCUUUGCACUGAUUGCUAAUGUCUCUUAUGUGGGAAGUAUUCUUGUACGAACAACAGAAUAUGAAAGCAUCAAAGCUAAUAUGCCAUGGUUGUUGGAUGCAACAGUUUGUGUGGCACUAGACAUUUUUAUAAUAUCACAGUACAUUUACUAUAGAUACUUUCGCAACAGAGAAGCAAAAAGUGAUGAUGGAGAAAGCUUGAAGUAGGAAAAGUUUAUGAAUCUUUGAUUUGUGUAGCUGUGAA